GUCUCUGGAAAGUUGACCUGCCGAUUCGGCCAAUCCCUGAUCUGCGGUCAGUUUGUAAUCCAGCCCCAGUCCUGCUCCUCCGCUCCGGGAGAGGACACACCAGAGGAAACGAGACAAGAGUCCGGACGGAGCGGAGUUUUGAGUCCGCAUGAGUCGGCAACAGAAAAGUCCAGCAAUGGAAAGGCUCCACAGAUAGGAUCUUAAACACACUCAGAAGCGGAGGCGGAGCUCAUCUAUAGAUUAUAGAUCGGAUGUCAGCCGUGUAUGAGACAGACGGAAGAAGAAAAAGGGGAGAAACAUGAGUCGGCACCAGUCUCAGGGAGUGGUUUUAACGGGUUACCACAGCAACGCCGAGCUGCUACCGCAAACGGGACUAUGUGGUGGUUCCACUUCCAGCUGUCCGCCGGUACCGAACCGGGAGCCCGACUUGCUCAGUCGCAAAACAGGCCACUAUAGUCUUGAACAUAACCAAAGCACACAACAACAAGAAGAUAGAUAUGAACCUUCGUUGGCCACCGGUGGUACAGGAGCGAGCAACACUGAAUCGGGUUCAGGUUCUGCUGCUCAUCCCGGAUCUCAGCCUUCCUCCAGCCCUAAGCUGGGCUCCAGUCCGAGGCACAGUCCCAACUCCAAACCCAGAAAACGGCCCACAUGCCAGCGCAGCUUCUCUCAGGACUCCCUGGAUGAGCUGGAGAUGGAGGACUACUGGACAGAGAUUGAGAACAUCAAGAGUUCAGGAGAAGGACAUGGGAGGGGGGGAGGAGAAGGAGAAACUCAUGAGGAGGAGCAGCAGAAAGCUCCUGAAGAAGGAGAGCACGAGGAGGCGUGGCUUACAGAGGCGGGACUAGUACGACUGGUUGACGAUUCCUUGACAGCCGAGGACCAUGAAGAAGACAGUGCCGUGUUCCUGUCCACCCUCACCAGAACGCAGGCCGCCGCUGUGCAGCUUCGUGUGUCGUCCUAUCAGCAGACUCUGCUCCGGCGACGCAACCGCCAACACUUCCCUGAUGUUCGGGAUAUAUUCAGACCUCCUGAAAAGAAUGAAGAGCCUCCAAAACUGAAAGAGGGAAGUGACAAAGAUCCAACUACUGCUGAAACGGAGACGGAACUGAAUGUAGAAGUGGCGUUUUCGGAGCAGGCGCUCUCUUACCGGGACGAUAAUCAGAGGUUGAAGGUCAACAGCAGCCUUAACUCCUCUGAUGACAAACUUCCAAACUUUAAGCUCCUUCGGGAUAAAACGGGUCAGACCAGAGUGGGAGAUCUUUCUCCUUUGGAUAUGAAAAAGGUGCGCAGACUUGUUCUGGUAGAGAUGACUGCUCUGUUUGACACAGCUGGGAUAGAUGUCAAGGCCAAUAAACCUGGCAGAGUGAAAAGCAAAGAAAGUGGCCUUUUUGGUGUUCCUCUGAUAACUCUUUUGGAUCAAGACCAACGACGGGUUCCUGGGACCAAAGUGCCACUUAUUCUGCAGAGGCUCAUCAGUCAUGUAGAGGAGGAGGGAUUAGACACUGAAGGUUUGCUACGUAUCCCUGGAGCAGCCACUAGAGUCAAGUCACUGUGCCAGGAGCUCGAGUCGUCUUUCUACGACAGGACGUUUCAGUGGAAGCACGUGAAGCAGCACGAUGCUGCGAGCCUGUUGAAGCUGUUCAUCAGGGAGCUGCCCCAUCCACUGCUCACUGUGGAGUACCUCAAUGCUUUUAUUGCAGUCAACAAGCUUCCCACAAAGAAGCAACAGCUUCAGGCCUUGAACCUGCUGGUGCUUUUGUUGCCUGAGGCCAAUCGGGAUACUUUGAAGGCACUUGUGGAAUUUUUCCAGCGUGUCAUCAAUCAUCAGGUCGAAAACAAGAUGACUCUAAACAAUGUCUCUGUUGUCAUGGCACCCAACAUCUUCAUGUUCAAAGGCUUUCGAUCCAAGGUGACAGAGCAGCAGGAGUUCUCCAUGGCAACCAGCACAGCCAACAUCGUCCGGCUGCUCAUAAGAUACCAAAAUCUCCUUUGGACGAUCCCAAAGUUCAUUUUGACUCAGGUCAGGCAACAAAAUAUGGAAGGCCAGCGAAAACUGUACAAGGACAGAGCUGUACGGAAGCUGCUGAAGAAGAUAACCACCGACAGGCCAAUUGAUAAAGCUAUCCCAGAGGAGAAUACUCAGGGAUUUAUUCGAGUUCAGGCACCACAGUUCAGUAAAAUAUCAAUGGCGAUUCAGCUUACAGAAGAUUUGCAAGCUGCUGAUGUACUAACUCGCUUCCUAAGCCAAGACAGCUCAGUGUCGGUGAAAAAAGAAGAUUUGUGUCUCUAUGAGAUUGGUGGAAACAUCAGUAAGUUCAUUUCCCAGCACUAUAUAACUGAGCUGUUUAAAUUUUCAUUCACUUAUCUUUUAUACAUGAAAGUUACAGUGACUGCAGCUCCUGGUAAUCCAUCUGUUAAUUAUUUCUCUCUGCCUGCCCUUCUCCAAAGAGGAGAGAUGCUUAGAUGGGGAAACGUACAUGAAAGAUCUUUCCCAGCUGAACCCUGCAGCCGAGUGGGUCAUCAAAGCAGUACAGCGAUGAAUUCUGGCCUGCAAUGUCGUCCUGCGGGGUCCUGGCCUACUUUAAAUUUCCUCCUGAGACAAAGCUGCAGCUGGUUCUCUGGAGUUUCUGGGGAAUCCGGAUGCAAUGGGGGAAUUCUUCAUUGGUAUCGAAGCACUGUUUGAUUUUGGAACCCAUAAGAGAACACAGGCGGUUCAGUUGCAGUUUAUCGUGUGGGGAAAAACUUUACAGAAAAACCUUUUUUUUUUUUUUAGUUCUUUGCAAUGUAAUGAUUCCCAGGGAGAUUUUAUAAAGACUCGUCUACAUUUUUACCGAAGCUGCCCUUCCGAAGUUGCAGUGUAUUUUACUGCAACUUGAAGUGAUAAACCAGCAAAAAGUUGUGCAUGAUUGUGAAGUAGAAAGAAAAUCAAACAUUUCAUCUUGAUUAAAAACAUCUAAAAAAAAAAAAAAAAAAUCAAUUGUACAGCUAUAUUUAUUUCAGUUUACACUCGUGCCAAACUUUUUCUGUUUCGGGAAGGGAGUUGAAACCAUUGGGAAAUGUUGAAAAUUUGGGAUAAUUUUUAUUACCGUUCUUCCCCACAACAUUGUACCUGACCUGUCUGCCGUGUCCCUCUGUCUGCAUAAUGCUGUUUGCUUCAUAAUGUUUCCUGACAAACCUCUGAAAGUUUUGCAGAACAGAUGGUUAAUCUGGGUUUGUUUAAGGGUAUCAGAGUAAAGGGGACUAAAUAUAACUGCAUUUUAUCAUUUGCAAAAGAUGGAUCCGUUUUCUUUCACUUCACAAUAACAUUUCACUUUGUGUUGGUCUAUCGCAUGAGAUUAUUGCAAAGUACAUUCAGGUUUGGGGUUGUAAUGUUAUUAAAGCAUAAAUAACUUUAAGGUGUGUGUGUAUACUUUAGCAAGGGCACUAAACAGAAACCACUCUUGAAAGACUUUUUCCACUGGUGGAGAAAUUCUUCCUACUUCCAAACUGUGAUUUAUUGGUUGGCUUUAAUGUUUUUGCUUUAAUUAAAUGCAAGACAUGGUGCUGUGCAAUAAUAUGAUCAUUAGUAGAUUCCACAUCCAUCAGAUAAAUUAUUUUAGGCUUUUGGUUAAGUACAAAAAAUUGUACUUAUUUUUUCUUUACCCAUUUUAUUAAAGUUCAUGACCACUUUAUUGAAUCUUGAAUGGAAGCAGUUGUCUAGGAAGGUUUCUAAAGGACAUUACGCAUUUUAGGAGGUCUAACCUUAGCAGGGUGAAAAGUCUCCACUUUUUUUGUUGUUUUUCUUUUUUUUUUAGGUAUUCUUAGAAUGAUCAAAAGGAUUCAAUAUCACGUCUUAGAUUUUCAAAGGCAUGCAGUGAAGACAUACGAGUAAAGUUAUGUACGAAGAAACCUUUAAAAUCUGUGAGUGUCUCAACAUGUGAAUAUGAUUCAAUCAACAAAACUGCACAGAUAUUAUGAAAGAAGCUUUUUUUUUAAAGUGAGCUUAUGCAGUGAUACAUUUGCACAUAAUUAUUUUUGAGCCUUUGUGCCUUACCACUAAUGUCAGGUUCUGUGUACUUGCAAACCUUUUUUAUCUGGGCAAAGAAAAUAUACAUUUUAUCUUUUUUUUUCUUUUUUUUUUGCAUUUAUUGUGCCUUUAGUAGCAACUUUAUCUAAAAGUUUCUAACAUUGUCACAUAAUAUCUGCAUUGCUAUGUCUAAUUUCCCAAACAGUUCACUUCUACAAAAUCAUGGAGAGUUAACAAAAAUGUGAUGAACUUUUUUGAUUUGUUUGUAAAGUUUACACUGUCACUUUCUGUAACGUAUGAUGUUUUGGUGAUUUGUUUUCUAAAAAUGUAUUAGCUGCCUUUUAAAUUACCACCAUGACUGCCUGUAAAUAAACGUGAUGUAAUUCAUUACCA